AUGGCGCAUUUGUCGAAACGAGUGUCAUUCGAAGACCAGACUACAGAAUAUGGAAUCUGGAUCGUCGUCACCAUAAUAGCCACCAUCAUCAUCAUAUCCGGCGUUGUUGCCGCCCUCGUUAUCCUUGUCCUGAAGUACAGGCAACAGCAAUCCUACAGCCAAGUCCACUGCAUUGAUUCUCAACCCUCGAGCGCGAAACUGCCACAAACGACGCACAGUAUGUCUGUACACAAUGUUUUGGAAUCCGGAAAUGAGGACCAAAGAAAUUACAUUAUUCGAAAGUCGCUGGCCGGCCGGAUGGCAUCAACCGAGCCGCACGUUGGGCCUGCGACUCACCUUUACAAAGCAGACCGAAGUGGGAGGAGCAGUGAUCAAGGAGAAUACAUCUGCCAGAUAAAGAAAACGGGCUCUUUAUUAAAAGACUGGAAGCAGUUUGAGGCGGGACUACGGAGGGACAAGUCGAGAUCGCCGACUCGCCAUCCCAGCGUGAUGAUGCUGACACACCCACCAUCUGCGCAAAGAGCCUCUGAUCCAUUCGUCCCGGAUAGUACACGGCUCAACAGCGCCGAAGAGGUGGUUGAAGAGGAGGAAGAAACUACUGACGUGAGCAAAGGGUGUAACACAGGGCCGCAGAUGCAGGUCGAGUGGGGUGGACAGAGGUAG